AUGUCAAAGCUUGUCCCGAUAGCAAGCCCUCGUCUCCAUCAAGCUGAUGAGUUGGCGGGAGAAAAAGACCCUCGUUACUCCUCGGAAGAACCAAAAGAAGGUUACGUGACUGGCUUAGAGGUUGUUUCCAACGAAGGUCCGAAUCAAAGAAAGCACUUGCCACUUCAGGCCUAUAUGCACUAUGCUGACAUUCAGCGAGAGUUUGAGAAAGCUGGCGACGAGAAUGGCCUCUACGCCAGUCAAGAAAAACAAAUGAGCACAGAUCCUCACAGUAACGUGACUACGGCAAAGCUGGACACCCAUCGAUCUUUGCGUAUAGCAAAGGUAUACUCGGUUUUCUUUUUGAUCACAACGGAUAUUCUGGGGCCAAGCAAUGCCCCAUAUGCUGUUGCACAGAUGGGAUGGGCUCCCGGAGUGAUUCUCUACGUUCUCUUUGGUAUCUUCGCUGCGUUUGGCGGGUGGCUGCUCAACCGCUGCUAUUGCAAAGUUGACUCAAACAAUUAUCCAAUUCGCACCUUCUCUGAUCUGGCUGGUCGUCUAGUGGCACCUUGGUUCAAAUACCCGUUCGCCAUUUUGCAGUUUAUCCAGAUGAUAUUGAACUGUGGAGUUCUUCUUCUCGGAACCGCUCAAGCAGUGUCACAAAUGCUGAUUGUCAAUAGAGGCCAAGAUAACUUCUGCUUCACGGUUGAUAUUCUAGUGUGGAGUCUGUUGUGUAUGAUUGUUGGUCAGAUAAAGUCUCUCGGGAGAUUUGCGUACAUUGCGAACUCUGCGGUUUGGAUGAACAUCGCCAUCUGUAUUAUCACAAUGGUAGGCGUUGCGGUUGGUGGUCCUUAUUACGGUAUUUUCGAGCAAUAUGGAAAAGGUCUUCCUUAUUUCCAGCCCGGAACCUUUGAUCCUUUACCAAUUAAGCAAUACGCAAUCACACCGGGUACCAUUAGUGAUCGUAUUUCAGGUAUGAACAAUAUGGUUUUUGCCUGGGGCGGUGCUACCAUCUUUUGCGAGGUGAUGGCAGAAAUGAGACGGCCAAUGGAUUUUUGGAAAGGAAUGAUUUGUGCGCAAAUUCUCAUUCUAGUAGUUUACCUUUUCUACGGACUUUUUGUUUAUGGGUACGACGGACAAUUCAGUUACGUUACGGCAAAUCAGGGUAUUGGAUCCAUUGGCUUGCAAAACGCUGCUAAUGUUUUGAAUAUUAUUACGCAACUUAUCGCUGCAGUACUUUAUGGUAACGUCGGCAUUAAAGUCUUCUACCAGGGUUUUCUGGUGUCAAAUUUCGACUUUCCUUCUCUUGACUCACGUAAAGGUACGUUUGCUUGGGGCAUUUUUGUGUUCAUUUACUGGUCAAUCGCCUACAUUAUUGGCACCGCCAUUCCAUCUAUCAGCUCGUUGGUAUCGAUCAUUGGGUCUUUUUGCAUCUUCAAUUUUUCGUACACAUUUCCAUUUCUGUUCGCCUUGUGUUUGUUGUGCCGCCGAGAUGCAUCUUUGGCAGACCGCUUUGAUCCUAUAACUAUGACUGUCGAAAAAGCAGACUCGUACUACCGCAACUGGUCUCGCUGGAAGCGAGCUUUCGGUCAUGGUGGCGUUACACGAACUUUGAUAAAGUUGUCGCUACUUUUGCUCUGCCUUGCUUCGCUUGCAACUUGUGGUCUAUGUUCUUAUUCCGCAAUAGAGGGAGCUAUCGCAGCCUACGCGACUAAUUUUGCACAGCCAUUCACUUGCGCGUCCCCUGUCGCAUAA